ACACACACACACAACACAAGACAGGACGACCCCGCACAUCACACAUUCCUGCCUCCUGCAACACUUAGCGGACACACACACCGAAUCAUACCGCCUGAGUGAGCCGUCAUUUGGAUAAUAUCACGAUAUCUGCUGGGGGGGACGUUUUUUAUUUUGAACUGCGUCGUUGAAAGCGUGUGCUCGACGGUGCGUUCAGGAGCACACUCAUGCCAGACGAGGUGGGCAGGGGAGUAAAAACACUUUAAACUGGGACAGCGUGGAGGAGAGCGUCACGUUCAGCUGGUGGAGCAGAGAGCAGAAACUCAGGGAAAUGUCCAGCCACAGUGGGAGAGGUCAUGGGGGUCUUAACCAACUAGGCGGAAUGUUUGUUAAUGGACGCCCGCUUCCGGAGGUGAUCCGGCAACGCAUCGUGGACAUGGCCCACCAGGGGGUCCGGCCCUGUGACAUCUCCCGGCAGCUCCGAGUCAGCCACGGCUGCGUCAGCAAGAUUCUGGGACGAUACUACGAGACAGGCAGCAUCAAACCCGGCGUGAUUGGCGGCUCUAAACCCAAAGUGGCCACACCGAAGGUUGUGGAUAAAAUCGCAGAGUACAAAAGGCAGAAUCCCACCAUGUUCGCCUGGGAGAUCAGAGACCGGCUGCUGGCGGAGGGGGUGUGUGACAGCGACACGGUGCCCAGCGUGAGCUCCAUUAACAGAAUAAUUCGAACAAAGGUCCAGCAACCAUUCAAUCUGCCUCUGGACGGAAAAGGCCUGAGUCCUGGACAAACCUUAAUCCCCAGUUCAGCCGUCACUCCUCCUGAAUCUCCACACUCAGACUCUUUGGGCUCCACCUACUCCAUCAGUGGCUUGUUAGGGAUCCCCCAACCCAGCGUCGAGGGCAAGAGGAGCCACGACGACAGUGAUCAGGAGAGUUGUCGACACAGCGUAGACUCUCAGGGCAGCGGGGGAGUCCCGAGGAAACAGAUGAGGGUGGAUCACUUCUCAGCAGCCACGCAACAUCUGGACUGCGGGUUCGAUCGUCACCACUAUCCCCCGGACUCAUUCGGCUCCGCGUCCGGAAGCAAAGCAGAGCAGACUUUGUACCCGCUCUCCCUCAUCAACGGCAGCCUUGAUGAGGCCAAGACGAGCCUCUCAACAUCCUCGUCCGCCAUUGGACGGAAUCUAACAGCACACCAGAGCUACGCAAUGGUGACAGAGCCCCUCCAGUCGCUGCCACUCUGCCUUAAACAGGAAAUGUCCCCGGAAGUGACGAGCACAAGCCCCUCCCCAAACAUGGUGGCGUCCAACCUGGCGUUCGUUGAGCUGCAGGCGCUGCAGAAGCCCGUUUCUGUCAGCAGCAGCAGCAGCAGCAGCUGCGGCAACGCCAACCAUUCCCCCUAUGCUUUCAACUCAUUCUCCCAUCAUGCACCUGUGUACGGGCAGUUCAGCAGUCAGUCUAUUCUCUCAGGGCGUGACAUGGUGAGCUCCACCCUGCCAGGUUACCCACCUCACAUCCCCUCCCCCGCGCAGUCAGGAUACACCACCUCAGCCAUCACGGGCAUGGUAGCAGCAGGUGCAGAUUACUCGGGUCAGACGUACAGCCACACACCGUACACCACCUACAGCGACGCCUGGAGGUUCACCAACUCCUCCAUACUGGGUUCUCCAUAUUACUACAGCUCGGCCUCCCGCACCGCUCCUCCGUCUGCAGCCGCCUACGACCACCUCUAGUCUCCGCUGGGAGGGGCGGGACUCUAGCGCCGAUGGACCCGAG